AUGUUAAAAAUUGAUAAACAAAAUCAACUUAUUUCUCUGUUAAAAGAAACUUAUAACAACAAUGAAAAUUAUAUUUUACAAAGUAAUUUUUUAUAUUAUUUAAAAACACAAAAUUUAAGUAAGAAGAAUCAUAAUUUACAAAUAAAUUUAUAUGAUAAAGAAAACUGUGUAACAAAUUUACCUCCUCAUAUUUAUGAUAUUGCAAAAACUGCAUUGAUAAGAACAUUUAUUAUGAAUAAAAAUGUUUCUAUAAUUUUUAAUGGUGGUUCACAAAGUGGCAAAACUUAUAAUUUAUAUAAAUGUCUUGAAUAUUUUGCAAAAUCUUCAUUCAAUAAAAAUAAAAAUUUUAAUUGUGAUAUAAUUGAUAGUAUCAAUGUUAUGGUAAAAAAUUUAUGUUGUAUUGAUGAUAUCACAGAAAUUCCUUUAUUAUAUAAAGUUAAUGUCUCCAUAAAUAAGAUAAAUGGAAUUGAAUUUAACAGAAUAUUUUCAAAUGGAUAUAAUAAAUUAAUAUGUUUUAAUAGAAAUACAAAAAAUUUUAAUAUAUUUUAUACUGUUUUUUAUGGUAUAGAAGAAAAUAAUAGAGAAAAAUUUGGUUUACAAAAUAGAAAUUUUUUCCUUUUAAAUGAAAUAAAGUUGAACAAUGAAGAAAAAGAAUAUUGCAAAAAUCAAUUUAAUAAAUUAAAAUAUUGUAUGAUUAAAAUAUUAGGUUUUACUGAAGAACAUUUCGAAACAUUUUUAUGUGUUAUUUGUGCUAUUCUUAAUAUUGGAAAUAUUUCAUUUUAUGUUGAUACAAAUUCUAAUGAUAAAAUUGUUAAAAUUUUACAAAAGCCUGAACUUUUAAAAAUAUCAACAUUAUUAGAAAUACCAAAUAUAGUGAUACUUAAUAUUUUUCAUUAUAAAAAUUAUGAUAAUAGCAUUGAGAAGGCUUUACAUUUACGUGAUCAAUUAAUUGAAAUGUUAUAUACAAAGUUAAUUGACUGGGUCUUAAUGAGAAUUCAAAAUAUUUAUGAAAAUAAAGGUGAUUCAAGUAUAUAUUUAUUUGAUUAUAAAGGUUAUACAUCAUCUAAUUAUAAUGAAUAUGAUGAAUUUUGUACAAAUAUAACAAAUGAAAUACAUAUGAAUUUAUUUUUAUCAAAAUAUAUAGGAUAUUACUUGAAUAAUGGUAAAAUAGAAAAAAAUAUUACUUUGACUAAAAAAACAAAUGAAAGUUGUUUACAUCUUUUGAUAAAUGGUAAAAAAAAUUUAUUAGGCACACUUAAUGAUGAAUGUGUUUUUCCAUUAACAUCAACGUCAACAUUAAUUAAGAAAUUUGAUUUAAAUUUUAUUGAUCAAAAUUGUUAUUUAAAUUCUAGAUCAAAUAAAUCACUAGAAUUUGGAAUAAAACAUUUUUUUGGAGUACAAUAUUAUAAUGUAUCAGAUUUUUUACUUCAAAAUAGAAGAAUAAAUUUCAAUGGAAUUGAGGAAAGCUUUUUAAAAUCACAAAAUUCUACAAUUAUAUCUAUGUUUGGUGUUAAAAAUGCUGACAAAGAAGAACGUUUUCAUAGCAAAUUUAUGGCAACAGAAGUAGUUAAUUCAUUAAAUAAAGAUGUUAUUUCUAAGUUAACACAUACAGAGAUGAUUUUUGUAUGCUGUUUAAAAACAUCAUUACAAAAAAAUUCAGUUGAAUUUGAUUCAAAUUUAAUCACAAAACAAUUAAAAUCUCAAGGUUUACUUGAUUUAUUAAAACUUGAAACAAACAAUUUUAAUCAUAAAUACAAUAUAUCACAAUUUUUAAAACUUUUUCAUAUUUUAAUACCUAUUAAUUGUAUUGAAAAGGAUAAUGAUAUUCAAAAUAUAAUGACUAUUUUAAAUAAUCAACAUAUUAAAUUUAGAAAUGAUUAUAUAAUAUUAGAUAAAAAAGUUUAUCUAACUGAAAAUUUAGCCAAAAAUAUUGAAUGGAAAACAUAUGAACAUAAACUUAAAUGUAUAAUAAAAAUUCAAGCAUUAUUUAGAAGUCAGAUUGAAAGAAGAAAUUUUCUGUUAAAAAGAAAAGCAGCCAUAAAAAUUCAGUCAUAUUUUAGAAGAUGGAAAGGAAAAAAAGUUGCAGAAAAAUUAAAAAAUCAAAUAGAACAAAAAUUGAUUAAUGAAAAUGUUUUAAAUAAAAAUAAUGCUUAUAAAUAUUUAAUUAAAUCAGUAAAUAAAAAUACUAAUUGUAAAACAGUUAAAGAUAAUGAAAAGACAAAAUUAGAGUUUGAGGAAGAUUAUGUAAAAAUUCCAAAUACGCAAGACAUUUUUCCAAUUAAUCAAAUACCAAUUGAAGAUUUUGCCAAAAAAUAUAUUAAAUAUCAUCAACUUGGAGUAAAAAGAGAAGCAAUAAUUUCACCAUUUUUAGAAAAAGAUAAUGAAAAUGAUUAUUGUGAAUCACUAAAAAUAUUUAAAUUAAUUCUUGAAUAUAUUCUUUCAGAAGAUAAUGAUACUACAUUAAUUAAUAGUAUAACUGAAAUUGGUAUAAAUAAUACAAAAUUAAGAGAUGAAAUUUAUAUACAAUUACUUAAUCAAACUUAUAAUAAUGUUUCAAAAAAAGAAAAUGAUAGAAUAUUGAUAUUAUUUCUUGUUAUAUUAAAUUCAUUUUUACCAUCAAAUAUUCUUUUUUCUGUUUUAAAAGAUUAUUUUAUUUCACAAAAACAAUCUAUACAAAUAUUACUUAAUGAAACAUUUUAUCGUCAUUUAUCAAUAAGUCAACAACAAUCUUUUUGUCGAAAGUAUCCAUCUAUUACAACAUAUGAAAUGAUUGCAUUUACCAAAAAACAACCAUUGUGUAUUAAAAUUAAUAUUAAUAAGAUAUUCGUAAUAUCAGUACAAAUUGAUAGUUUAAGUACAAUAAAAGAAAUCAUUAAAUGUUGUUUAGAAAAAGUAAAUUUAUGUAAUAUUAAUGGAUGGAAUAUUGAUAUGGAAAUAGUAAAAAACAAAUUACUAAUAAAACUAGAAGAGAAAGAUUAUCUUUUUGAUAUUAUUUAUAUGAUAGAAAAUGGAAUGAUUGACAUUAUUAAAGAGGUAAAAUUUACCUAUCCAACAAAUAUUAAACGUUUAAAAAAUGAAAAAGAAUCAUUAAAUAGUUUGGAAGAACAAUUAGUAGAUAAAAAAAAUAAGGUUAUUAUAAAUGAGCAGACAAAUGAUAAUAAUAUAAAGCAAGUUUUAAAAACCAAUGAUUUAAUAUUAUCACCAAGAACAUUAAGAAGAAUAUAUAUAUUUGAUUCAAAUGACUUAUCAAAAAAUACUGGAAAUGAGAGAGAAAAAACUUUUGAUGACAAUAAUAAUAAUAGUGAUAUUAAUUUAUCUGUCAAUCAAUUAAUAGAAGAAAAUAAUGAAUCUUUUUCAAAAUUUGAUGAAAAUGGUAAUGAUAUGGAAUAUUUUAAUGUUCCAAAAAAAUCAACAGAAAAAGAAAUUUACUCUUCAUUAAGAUACAUGCCUAUUAUGGAAGUUGAUGAUGAUGUUCAAGAUAUGAUUGACAAUAUAUUUCAAGAUGCAAUUUCAGAGAAUAAAGAUAAUAAUUUAAUAAAAUCAUCAAUUGAGAAAACAUUAAUAAAAAAUAUUCAAGGUGGUUUGAUUAAAGAAAAUAAUAAUGAAGAAUAUACUUAUAUACCUUAUAAAGAACAUUAUGAAGGUUUUUAUGAUUUAGAAACAUCUUCAUCAUUGAAUAAUAUGUCAAAAUCACAGAAUACUUUACAUUAUGAUACAAAUAAUACUAAUAAUAAUUCAAGUAUGCCUAUAAAUAAUAUGGAACUUAAAAAAUUAAUAUGUUUAGGAGAAGUAGAAUCAUCAAUAUGUGGUAAUAAUAUAAAAAUAAAAACAUCAGAAAAUAUAAAAUCAAAGGAUGCAAUAGUUAUAUCAUCAAAUUUAUAUAAUAUAACAUUAAGAAAAGAAUUAUUUUAUCCUCAUGAAAUACCAGAUAAGUAUGAAAUUGAUUUGAUUUAUCUUCAAAUAAUUAAUGAUUGCAAAGAAAAUAAUCCAUAUCGUAUUGAAAAAAAAGAAAGAGAUAGUAUAAAUAAAAUAUUAAGAUACAACAAAAUAUCUUUAUAUGAUAUUAAUGAACCUGAAAAAAUACCUUUGAAAGUAAAAGAUGAUAUUGUUAAUUGUGCUCGUGGAUGGCCAUUAUACUUUAGCAAAAUAUUUUUUGUAACAAAAAUUAAUGAUGAUAAUUUUCAAAAAUGUCAACUUAGAUUAUCAGAAAAAAGUGUCUAUGUUGUGGAAGUUGAUUUAAAUUCAAGAACAAAUCCAUAUACCAUUAUUGAUACUAUUUUUUAUGAUGAAAUUUGUGAUACAUAUCUUGAAGAUGAAAAUAUUUUUUAUAUCUAUUUAUAUAAUAAUUCACAUUUUAAAUUUUUAACAUUAGAAAAAAGUGAAGAAAUCAAAAGCAUUAUAAAUAAAUUUUUAAAUCCUAUCCUUGAGAAACCAAUAUACCUUCAUGCUAUUGCACCAUUUUUAAGUAAUAAUAUUGAAUUAUUAUCAUUUAAUAAAGGUGAUCAAAUUCAAGUAAUAAAUGAUAAUUAUUAUCAUAAAAGUACUAUACCAAAUUAUAGAAAUGGAUGGUUAUUUGGUAAGUGUAAUAACUCUGUAGGUUGGUUUUCAACAGACUAUGUCUCAAUGACAUUAACAGAGGAUGGCUUCUAUGUAACGCCUUAUUUUGAUCACCAACAAGUAAGUUUUUCAUUUUUAAACAUAUAA